UAUUUAGACAAAUUUUCUAUAUUAUGACUUGCGUCCUGGUGUUGAAUUUGUGACGACUCUUUACAGGGUUUCCAACAUGUUUUUGUAUUUGUUCGUUUUUUCUCCUACACGACCUGAACGCAGCGCAGUAUCUUCAGUAUGAACUCCCCGUCGUCCCUGCACAUCCCACAAUGCUGUGCGGCGAAGCCUCGCUGCCUUUACGUUAGAGAUCAGCUGAGCCCGUUCAUCGCUGCAGUCACAGAGCGCACUGCUGCCAGCGGCUCGGGAUCGGAGCGGCUCGGCGCUGCUCGGCAUCUCUCUGCUCGGGUUCGGACAUCAUCUUAAACCCCCCCUGAUCGGCAGGAGAAGGGGCUUUUUACAACCCCUGCAAGAAUGUGACUCUUAUUUCUACCCGUUUUUGAUUCUUAUUUUUUUUUUUACCUCGGUAAAUGGCUCGGUAAAUUGCGGAUCGAGUAGACGUUUUGAUCACAUUGUUUUUCUAUUAUUUCGUUCAUCAUCUGUGCCCCUCAGUGCGGAAUACACCUGGACUGGUUUCAGGGUAACCGACUGGGGCUGGGAGAUUCCUCUUUUUUUUUUUUUUUUUUUAACCGGGAGUGGGCAAUAAUAUGUCCAGGCGAAAACAGACCAACCCCUUCAAAGUUGACUGGCCAUUCCACACUUCAGGCAUCGCAGGACUACAACAUACUAUUAACAUGGAUGGCAGGGACGAAUUCACCGAAGACAGUGAAUGCUGCAGCAACAACUCCCAGGAAAUCCAAGGGCAGGAUAGCCUCUCAGACAGCGAUAGCGACCCUGACAACCACGGUGAAGACUCGUCCUCCAACACCUCUGCCGACGACCACAUGACCACCAAGAGAACGCAGUGCCGCCUACAAGGAGCGGGAGUCAAAGAGAGCGAGGAAGGGGCAGACCACGGCAACAACUUUGUUUGUCCUCUCUGCACGCUGGAUUUUAGCAGCCCUGAAAAGCUCAUCUCUCAUGUCUACCAGCACACGACUAUGAUGAGCAACACCAAGAGCUAUGUGUGCCCAGUGUGUGGGCGAGCCCUGAGUUCGCCUGGCUCACUUGGACGGCAUCUUCUCAUCCACUCCGAGGACCGCCUCUCCAACUGCGCUGUCUGUGGUGCACGCUUCACAGACACCAACAACUUUAACAGGGAGAAGCUUAAAGAUGUCCUUGACACAACCAGGAUGGAUGUCGGUGGAAGGGACCCCUGCUCCCUGUCUCAGUCUCUCUCCAGCAGCCCCAUGAGCAGCCCGGGCCCCGGCUCUCACCCCUGCCACGGACCGGGACCAGGACCUAGCCCCAGCCCCAGCUCAUGUCAGGGUCCUCGCUCAUGUCAAGCGCCUGAACCCAAUCCCAACCUAUGUCAAGCCCAUCGUACCUGCCAGGGACCGGGCCACAUCUUGAACCAGUGUCAAGGGCCUAGACCAUGUCACGGUCCAGGGUCUGGACCAUGCUCUGGCCCAGGACCUUGUCCAGGCUCUGACCAAGGACCCUCCUUUCCUUCACUGCCUGACAGUCUCCUCUCUGAAGGGCCUUCACUCGCAUCUAUCCCCGAUGCUCUUAACUCCUCUUCUUCAGGCCUUCCUCCCAUCCCUGACAUCCUGAGCCCUAUGCCGGUGUAUCCAGCCGGAGUGCUGCUGGUGUGCAACAGCUGCGUGGCCUAUCAGCAGUUAGUGGAGGCCCAGUCGCCGAUGCGAAAGUGGGCUCUGCGUAGGAAGAACGAACCCUUGGAAGCUCGCUUGCAGCGUCUGGAACGCGAGCGUACGGCGAAGAAGAACAAGCGGGCAUGUGAGACAGAAGAGGAGAGGGAGCUGAGGAGGCUGCGGGACCGAGAGGCCAAACGCAUGCAGAGGAUGCAGGAAACGGAGGAGCAGCGGGCACGUCGGCUGCAGAGAGACAGGGAGGCCAUGCGUUUAAAGAGGGCCAACGAGACGCCAGAGAAGAGGCAGGCCAGGCUGAUUCGCGAGAGGGAGGCAAAGAGAAUCAAGCGACGCCUGGAGAAGAUCGACCCUGCUCUGAGGACACAGAUAGAGCAUGAUCCUGCCGCCAUGGCUGCUCUGACAGCAGACAUGAGUCUCUUUCAGUUCCCCUGCCCUAUGCCUGUCCCCUCCAUUGAUAAUGGUCUUUUCAUGAAGCUGCCCUAAUUGGACUAGGCCACUGGGGGGGAAAUCAACUGGCUUCUAGCAGCAUUAUUAACCUCUGCACUGCGCCAUCAGGCUGCUGUGGUCCCAGUGAACCAUUCCAAGCUGGUUUCCUCCCAGCUUCUUCUGUGUGGAACACCUUCACACACAAACUGCUUUGUUAAAUACAACAAACAUUUCUUCAAUUUCUAAUUUAUUAAAGUCUAGAAAACCUUGGGAACAGGGUCGAGAAUGUUUCAUAUCGUGUGGAUGAUGAACUAAGAGCAUGUUGUAAAGAGAUUUAUCUGUACGUCAAUGGACAAGCAGAUUGACACAGUUCAUUCUAGUAGGAGCAGUUACACUUCCUUUGAGGAAUAAGAAUCUUUUGCACAUGGACCUUCAGUGAUGGGAGUGGGGACUUUGUAGCCACAGCCCCCUCCUCUCUGGUCCACUCCGCCAACCCAGUGACUCGGAUUUACUGGUAGCUACACCUCUCUCUUCAAGCUGCUGCCGUGGGUCCCUGAGAAGUUCAUAUUCAGUCUAACUACUACCUCAGCCGGCGCCGUACUUGCGCCUUUCUGUCCUGUGGCUUACUGCGUUCCAACUCCAAGCUUCCAAAGCUCUAUAUGUACUGUACACAACUACAGAGGAUGCAGGUUGUUUUCCACAAUUUGUGUUUAUAUUUAUCAUUCAGGCACUUUUAUAGGACACAUACAUUCGCAGGAGCAACUCAUUUACUGAAGCUGUUACUACUUUUAAUUCAGAGCAUUUGAUUCGAGUGUUUCUUAGCUGAUAAGCUCUGAAUGUUUGUCCUAUUGAACACACCCAGUGUUGAGCAACAUUCCGUUCUCCUGAGUUGUACAUCUUAAUGCAUCCGCCUCUUUACAUUAUCUUUGCCAAGAUUUCAAUCUCUUUUCAUUACACUCCAAAUAUUUUGCCAAUGUCAUUUCUUUUUUUUUAUGUUCUGUUACAGAGCUUCUUCUCUGGCUCAUAAAAACUCAGUCUCUGCUGCUGUUAUUGUACUGUACAAUACAUUAGUUACCUCUUCUAUAUAUAUAUAUUGGGCUCAUUCCGUUAAAGAAUAUUGUGCUAAAAUGUUCCAUUAGGUGGUCAAAAGGAAACAGUACCUAAUAUGUUACCUGUUCACCUCAGAAUUUGUCACGUUACUUGAAUUCUGCCCACAAAGAUGCAUUUGUUUUCCUGGUUCUGAGUAAAUUACAACAUGAAUGUGGGUUAUUAUUGUUAAUAUCUAGAGAAUCAUACACAGAUACAUGCAACCUCUGCUUUGUGCAAUUUGUGUAGCAUUCAUAUGAAUUGUAAAGCUGCAGUAACUUCAAAAAUGUAUACCACUUAAAUUUAGGUUAUUUUUUAUAUCCAUAAGUCAGCAGAAACAUAUUUAUUGAGUCACAUAACAGGUGGAAAUUAUUUUAAACGCCAACAAAACAAUGUUUUUUUUGUUUCUUUGUUCCGUUACUGAGCACAGGGGCUACUUUCAUGACACAUACAGCCCUUACCGGGAGAUUUUAUUAAUCUGUAUUCAUUAACCUCAUUCCAGCACAUAUUUAUGCAAUAUGAUGUGAAUAUAUUUUUCUUGUAAAAGUGUUUGGGGUACUUUGUUGGUAGAAAACUGUUUUGAUGCUUAUUUUCGAGGCCAUGUUUGGAUAUCCCUUGUUUCAUUUGCUGCCUGUAAGGUUACCUCCAGUUUAUUUGACUUUGCUUCUCCAGAUGCAAACAUUUACAGUGUCAAACGAGCAGUUUCAGAAGUAUUCUUCAACAAAUAUGACGAGUAGUGGUUCUGUUUGAGUCACUCCUAGAUGAGAGUCAGUCUACCUGGCGGUUUGUUGCAGCAAUUUUAACAAAGAAGAAGAAAAAAAAUGUCUAGGGACUUAUAGGGGCUUUUCUGGGAGUGCAUCAAACCUCUAUGCAACAGAUGUGCUAUUUAUCAAGGGAAAUGAAUUCACUUUUCACUGAAACUAUGCAGAAUGCGACUUUAAUUUAAACAAGACUUCAAAGUAUAGAGUUCAGGUUCUCAGGCAAUUUAACUCAGUGAGAGGACUCAGAGCCUUGAUUCAACACCCCGGUCCAUAAGAUUGAUUUAUAGACCUGAUGUGAUAGUAACAGGUUUAGGUAGUUGUAUGACUUUUCUAGAGACACUUUUGUCUUCUCAGAUACGUUCUCUCUUCCUAGUUCAGCACAUAAGAGCAACAGGGUCUCACUGCCAUCCUAUUCAUGACAGACACUCUACCAAGGGCAGAUCACUGUUUUCAGAAAAAGGCUUCAGGUGUCAUUUAUUUCUCUUCUCCUCUCUCAGAAUAUGAAUACUGGGUAUUCUCAGAGGUUGCUCUUUGAUAUUGCUGUGAUCCCCUUUGUCCUGCAGUGGAAUAAUGGGACAGAAAAACAUCAGCGUCAGUGGUCUGGCAUACUAUUGCAAAAGGAAGUACUGUGGACUCUGAAGUGGCGCUGGUCUUUACGAGCAGUUCUCUCAGUAUGGAUUAGGUAAGCACUGCAUGUCGUGAAACUGCACUUGUCCUAGAAUGGUUCAAUAUGAGCUUGUGUUCUACUGUUAGUUUAUGCCUGCCUGUUUUUUACAGUUUAAUCAAAAAUAUGUUGUUGAAAAUGUUGGCCUUUCUAUAUUAAUUCUAUCAGGAUUUUCUCUCAAUGUCCAUGUUUACAAAAUAAAUCUGAACAAGGCCAAAUGAAUGAGCUGAACUGCUAACGACUGAUGUAUCAUUGCAUUCUGACUGGAUGGCACUUCGGGGACGUCAUCCUCUGUUACUGGAUUAACAGAUGUACAGACCACGAUGAAACCUGGUGAAGAAUGUGGAAAUAAACAUUGAGUUUAUUAUAAUGUUA